CCGGGCCUUGCGGACGCUUGUUGUUGUCCGGCCCGGAGAGGCAGAGGUCGAUUGCUCGGUCCUUUGCUCUCUCGGGCCUUCUGUGGCGGUCGGCGGGCAGGUCGGUCGCGAUAGUCGGUCGCCUUGCAGGGGCGAGGCUAUGUUGCGGUGGCAGCCCGGCAGGGCCGGCAAGGCCGGGAGUAACGGGACGUCGUCGCGGAGCUUCUUCCCCCGGAUACAGUGCGGCCCGAACGGAGGCCGCGGCGCCGCCCUCCGGUCCUGAGGAGUCCGCGCUGCCCGGAGCCCACACCGCCUCCUCACCCGCGCGGAGGUCAACCGACCAGACCCGGCCCGGCGACCCAGCGCUGCGCAGGCAGGCAGCACUAGCCCCUCCAAGCACAGGACACCCUCCCCAAGGACAUGAAGCUGUUGGAGAACUCGAGCUUCGAAGCCAUCAACUCGCAGCUGACAGUGGAGACUGGAGACGCCCACAUCAUUGGCAGGAUCGAGAGCUACUCGUGUAAGAUGGCGGGAGAUGACAAGCACAUGUUUAAGCAGUUUUGCCAGGAGGGCCAGCCCCACGUGCUGGAGGCACUGUCUCCCCCCCAGACGUCAGGCCUCAGCCCCAGCAGACUGAGCAAGAGCCAAGGUGGUGAGGACGAGGGCCCACUGAGUGACAAGUGCAGCCGCAAGACCCUCUUCUACCUGAUCGCCACGCUCAACGAGUCCUUCCGGCCUGACUAUGACUUCAGCACAGCCCGAAGCCAUGAGUUCAGCAGGGAACCCAGCCUCAGCUGGGUGGUGAACGCAGUCAACUGCAGUCUGUUUUCGGCCGUACGGGAGGACUUCAAGGCCUUGAAGCCACAGCUCUGGAAUGCAGUAGAUGAGGAGAUCUGUCUGUCCGAAUGUGACAUCUACAGUUACAACCCGGACUUGGACUCAGAUCCUUUCGGGGAAGAUGGCAGCCUCUGGUCCUUCAACUACUUCUUCUACAACAAGCGGCUGAAGCGGAUUGUCUUCUUCAGCUGCCGCUCCAUCAGCGGAUCCACCUACACUCCCUCGGAGGCGGGCAACGAGCUGGACAUGGAGCUGGGGGAGGAGGAGGAAGAGGAGGAGGAGGAGGAGGAGGAGGAGAGCGGAAGCGGAGGCAGCGAGGGUGGACCCGAGGAGACCAGCGCCAUGGAGGAGGACAGGGUCCCAGUGAUCUGUAUGUGAGGACGAGGAGCAGAGGCCCCAGCUUCCUUCAGCUUCAGCCAGUGCCUGGAACCCCCACCUGAGGGUGCCCCAAGGCCUCCCCGGCUGGUGGUCGGACCCUGGGCGCCCCACGGCUCCGGCGCCGCCCAAGGCCACGCCCGCCUAGCCCUUCGGCUCCCGCCCGCAGACGUCUGCUCCUUCCCACGGGCUCUAGCUGCCCUGCUGUGGUUGGGCUGGACAGCACGGGGCCCGGUGGGAAGGGCCACUGCCCUGCGCCGACGAACUGACACAGGCAGGGACAGCUGGACUACAGAGUUUAUUUUUGUAUUUUGUGCUGGGUCAGGCCUGGGCCUGCACACUCCAGCCCAAGGGCCCGAGACCCAGUAAGCAGGCCCCUGCGGUCACCACCCUGGUCCUGGCCAGCCCCUGACGCCCGCCUGUACCACCCUCCCCCCUACCUUGCCCAUUGGGCAGCGUGCACUGAGUGUCACUUUGCUGCAGCUGGUUUGUUUCCAAUAAAAAAUUUCUGUGA